AUGAUUGCAAUUCCAUUUCUUUGCGAUCACGUUCGUUCAGCAAGUAAAGCAGUUCGUAAUGGUGCAGCAGUUCUCAUUGAUUUUAAAACAUCAUACGUUGAGAAUUUUAAAGAAAGAAUUUUGUCAGUCUUAGAAAGUUCUAUGUAUGAAUUAAAUGCUAAACAAAUUUCUAAAUUAUUCCAAGUUAGACCUCAAAAACCACGUGCGGUUGCUUUAUGGGGGAUCGAUUAUGUCAUAAGAAGUUCAUCAGCAUGCUGCAGCACCACAAUUUACGUCAUCAACGUUUAA